AUGGAUCGUCUGCUGAGGCUUGGCGGAGGAAUGCCUGGACUGGGGCAGGGCCCCCCCACUGAUGCACCUGCUGUGGACACAGCUGAACAAGUGUACAUUUCUUCACUGGCGUUGCUCAAGAUGCUGAAGCACGGCAGAGCUGGUGUCCCCAUGGAAGUCAUGGGGCUGAUGUUGGGGGAGUUUGUGGAUGACUACACCGUGAGAGUGAUAGAUGUUUUUGCUAUGCCUCAGUCUGGAACGGGUGUUAGUGUGGAAGCUGUUGACCCAGUAUUUCAAGCCAAGAUGUUAGACAUGCUUAAGCAGACUGGCAGGCCGGAGAUGGUGGUGGGUUGGUACCACAGUCAUCCUGGGUUCGGCUGCUGGCUCUCAGGAGUCGACAUAAACACGCAGCAGAGUUUUGAAGCCUUGUCAGAGCGUGCAGUGGCUGUGGUGGUUGAUCCCAUUCAAAGCGUCAAAGGAAAAGUUGUUAUUGAUGCCUUCAGAUUGAUCAACGCCAACAUGAUGGUGCUCGGCCAUGAGCCCAGACAGACCACAUCAAACCUGGGGCAUCUUAACAAACCCUCAAUCCAGGCUUUGAUUCAUGGUCUGAACAGACACUACUACUCCAUCACCAUCAACUAUAGGAAAAAUGAGCUAGAACAAAAGAUGCUGUUGAAUCUUCACAAGAAAAGCUGGAUGGAGGGCCUGACUCUGCAGGACUACAGUGAGCAUUGUAAACUCAAUGAGACCAUCGUCAAGGAAAUGUUGGAGCUCGCCAAGAACUAUAACAAGGCUGUGGAAGAAGAGGACAAGAUGACCCCUGAGCAGCUGGCCAUUAAGAAUGUUGGAAAACAGGAUCCAAAGAGGCAUCUCGAGGAGCAUGUAGAUGUUUUGAUGACGUCCAACAUCGUCCAGUGCUUAGCCGCGAUGUUGGAUACUGUGGUCUUUCAGUGA